UGGAAAAAACCUCGAUGCAACAUCGAUACUAUCGAUGUUGGCGAAAAUUUUUUAAUAUCGAUGUUUUAUUUUUUAACAUCGAUUAUCGUCACUUGCAACCAUUUUAGAUCCAAGAUUUAAAAAACUCGGCUUUCUUUCCCAAACGCAUGCGGACGAAGCAGCUAAGGCCCUCGAAAUUGAACUGUACAAUAAAAUGUCCAAAUUAACCCACGAUGCGCCAACACCACCAACUCUACAGCCGGAGAACCGGCAGUUUACCUUUUUGCAAAAAAAAGUUGCUGAAAAAACGAGGUCUGCCAGGGCAGACUCUAUUAUAGCCCUGCGACAAUUCUUAGAGGUUUUCAACUCUCCGGAGGAUUGCAACCCAUUAACUUUUUAUAAGAUGAGCCCUGACGAAAUGGAACCUUUCAAAGCUACUGCAAAGCAGUACCUCUGCGUGCCAGCCACUUCAACUGCAUCCGAGAGAGCGUUCAGCAAAGCCGGACAAAUAAUUACUGACCGCAUAAGCUGUCUAAAACCACAAACUGUAGAUAAACUUUUAUUUUUAAACAAAAAUGCAGAUGAUCUCCUGUAA